AUGGAAUUAUCGCGACUUCUAGUAUUAUCCCUAGGCGGCUGCAAAAGUUCUUGUUGUGGGGACACAUCCUGGUAUCGGAGCUACACGAGAUCAAAGGUUACCGAUCGGCUGUGGAAUCUUUUGAAAGAAGUACUAGUGAGAGAACUCACGGCAUUGGAGGCCAAGAUGGAUCUGCUACUGAACGCUGACGCAAAGCGUACCGAUGGAAGUGGUGUGGAUCCGACCACCAAAGAAAGACUUGUCCACCCCCGUUGGACAAACACUAUACCAACGGAGGGUGGACCAUCUCAGUCAGAUGCUGUGAUCUCUAGAAAACAGCAGCUGGAAUACGAAGGCAGCGUGGGGCACGGGGAGGUGAAAAUCAACCAAGGAAACACAAGUAAAUACUGUCUUUGUAUGGAUACUGCUGAACGAGACUUUAUAGUACUUGAUGAUUAAAAAAAAAAAAAACUGUCAUAUUAGUCUAUUAAAUAUCUGAAUUUGAAUAAAAUAAAAAAAUCACUUUUCUUUCACUUAAAAUUCUCACUAUAUUAAUAAAAC